UGUUUUGUUUUGAUAUUAUUGUUAGUUUAUUGUUGUUGUUUUUUAAAUUUUGGUGACUUGAUAAUUAUUAAUGUAAUCGAGAAAAGGUUAAAAAGUAAAUGAAGAUUGAUUCCCGGAAGAAUAAAGAGUUAAAGAGAGAAAGGGUUUCUCCUCGUUCCUCUCUUCUGCAUAUCUUGCUUUUUUGAUUUUUGUUGUUUAGCCUCUGGUUAUUUUAAGGCUACUUCCAUUUUGACUCUCAAAGCUAUCUUUCAUCAUCAUCAACUUCAUCAUGUUCACGCUCAUUCUUUCAUCUGCAGAUAACCUGGACAACAAUAAAGGUUUAACCUGCUCAACCAGAAUCAAAGGAUUGCAUCGGUUAUGACAAUGUAAUCGAUUGGCAGGAAAAGAUGCUCAAGGCAAAAAGGAUAAAAUGGAUAUUUUAUGUUGGACAUUCAGUGGUCGAUAAUUAUCAGGGCUAUUAGCUAUCAAUUGCUAGAGGAUUAACAUCUAUUGUAUCAUCUAGAUCAGUAUGUUAGUAACGAAUCAACAAUCAAAGUGUUUCCUGAUCAUUAGGUUAAUCACUAUUAAACUGGACAGAGAACAUAAAAUGGACCAAAAAUCUCUCAAAAUAUUGAAAUGAAAGCAAUGACUUCCAAGAAUGCCUUUCUGCUGAACUGAUGCUACUUUCGCUGCAAUCCUCUGAAAAUGGAAUUGAAAUCAAACUAAAUUACAACCAAAUGUACUCUUAUUUCAGCCGUCAAGUGAUACUUCAAGAUACUUUACAUACUCAAGACUCAAUAGGAUGAAAUUUCUGGUGAUCAAGGAAAGUGAAAAAGUCUCAAAAUAAGCCGUCAUUUGGAAUGAGUAUUCAACUUUUCCAACCAGAGAUUCAUAUUGAACAAAGCAGCUCGUAAUCGUGAAGAAGAGAAAAGGGAAGACGAAUAAUGAUAAUGAAGGCAAUACACAAACAAAAUUCACUUGGACUCAUGGCUGAAACUUGCUGAAUAUCAGUAUUAUUUUAUCAUGCUAGGAACUCAGAUUUAUCAUCAUUCUCACCCUCCCUCUCUCCCUCUCUCCUCUCUCAUCAACUCUCUCAGUUGAUCAUGUUCAUAUCUUAACCCUCUAACUGUUUUUUAAUAUCAUUUACUUAUGAUUACAGUGAGAUGAAUUUUUCACAUUAUUGUUUGACAUUUACUUUUAUUGAUAACAGUACCUUAGUAUUUACUUGAUUAUUUAUUUGUUUGUUACCCAAAUUUGGUUCCAAUUUUUUCGAUACAGGAAUACGUUUUCAUUUUAAUCUCCAAGUGACCAAAUUUUACAAUCAACAUCAACAAUUAAUUUAUUCAUUUUGAUCAACCAUCUUUAACACAACAAGUUUAACAGAGAGACAGCAACAACAGACAUUAAAAACAUUGUAAAUCAAAGCAGCUUUAAGGAUAUUAGAUUUUGUAUUUUUUUGGGUUUUAUUUCACACUUUUUGUGACAAUUUAUCAUUGAAAUACCAUUCAUUAAAGGAUUGGUCAAUUGUUUAAUCUUGUCAUCAUCAUCAAUUGUCAACAACAACUCUAUGUUGUACUCUUGGAUCUUUUGAUUAAACCUAAAUUAGUAGAAUCACUCUAGAGUAUAAAUUUGUCCGUUAUGGGCACUCUUCUGUGGCAUAUCCCGAGGAUAUUUAGUGCCAGAAAUGCCCUUCUCAUCGCUUCUCUGGUCAUAUGUUUAACACUGGUUAGCUCAGCACCAUUUCCAUUUGGUAAAUCUAGAUCUCCUAAAGAAAAAGGUUGUUACUAUUUGUUAAAACACUAUCAAAAUGGUGAACAAAUUGAAACAAAUGAACCUUGUCUCAAUUGUACUUGUGUUAAUAGCAUGUUAAUGUGCUAUCUUCGGGUUUGUCCCUUCAUUCGACCCAUUGGUGAAUCAUGUGUAAUUGAAAAAGUGCCUGGUGAAUGUUGUCCUAGGAUAUCCUGCCCUGAUGGACCAGACCCUGAACCUGAUCCUGACCCAGAGUCAGACCCUGAGCCUGAAGGACUUUUGUCAUUAUCAUCAUCAACAACUGUAACAACAACGACAACCACAACAACCACACCAAGUCCGAUUGAAGGUCCAGGAUGUUAUAUUAAUGGUCAACAUCAUCGUGAAGGAAGUCAAAUCCCGUCCGAAACGGGAAAAUCUUGUGAAAUAUGUUAUUGUAUACGAAAUACUUCAGCUUGUAUUAUACAAGAAUGUGCCUUAUCGGUCGCUGGAUGCCAACCAAUUUAUCAAAAGGGCGAAUGUUGCCCGUCUCGCUAUAAAUGUGGUGCUGAAGCGGCAACAACAGUUCCUCCUGAUUCUAGAUAUUCUAUUGGAACUGGCGAAGGCUGUAUGCUCAAUGGAAAGUAUUAUGCUGAUGGACAAGCUGUAGCUUCAACUGAACCUUGUGAACACUGUUAUUGUAUGCGAAAUGAAAUUGUCUGUGCUAUUGAGGAGUGUAAACCACCUUGUGAUGGAUGCGUCCCAAUACCUAGUGAGACAGAUAAGUGUUGUCCUGAGCGAUAUGAAUGUGCUGCUCCAACACGCAAAUUGCCCUCGAAAAGUGUUUUAGCUGGUAAUAUGACAGUGGUGCAUCGUAAAUUACCGUCGACAACAACUGUAAAAGUCGUGGAGUCGACAACUUCCUUACCUCGAACAAGCGUUGAUAAAAUGUUGUCAAGAUCAGAAACACCAGCUGAUGGACGUAAAGAUGAUAUUUUACUUCCACAUGACGAUAAAUUUACUCCGUCUGAACUUUCAAUUUCAAGUACAAGCACUAAACCUGGUUCAACUAAAUCAGAAAAGAAAGACUCGUCAUCAACUCAUUACAUGAUGAUGGACAUUACAUCAACAUCACUUCCAAGUAGUAUACCACCAACAACAUCGGUUUAUCCACGUCGUCCAAUGAAUGGAAAUGAACCUUCUCAGCCUAGAAAAGAGAUUGGACCAUUUUCACCCAUAGAAUCAUUCACUGAAGGCUAUCCUACCCGAGUAACAUGGAAAAAGACUGAACCUAGUAAAAGACCAGCACCCACUCCUGGUGUUAUUCCUGGUGAAGGUAUUUGUCGCCAUAGUGGGAAAAUUUAUCAAAAUGGUGAAGAAGUCGCAAAUAGUGAUCCUUGUGUUGAAUAUUGUGUUUGCAUCAAUAGUGUCAUAUACUGUGAUGAAAUAUUAUGUGAACCACAUCAAAAUACCGAUCCAACAGUUAAAUGUGUUCCAAUCAAACACAUUGAUCGAUGCUGCACUCGUUAUAACUGCUUCAAAAUCCCAGCAGAUGCCUCAAACAGAACUACUGUUAUGCCUACUUCAGUAACAGGAACCGCUUCAUCUAUUCUGCCAUCCACGACAGAAACAGCUACUACCUCUACUGGUAGUACAAGUGUUGAGCCUAACCAAAGCAGACAGGGAGAGGGUGAACGAUAUGAUACACGACUAGUUAUUUUGAGCCAAACAACAACUCAUCCUGGUACUACUCGAAUACCUGUAUCUGCUAUUACAGGUACCGGAGAUGCAAGAAUUGACGGUAUAACUACUGUCAAAGAUUACACAACGAAAACUGCUAUUGCAGAUGUUACAACAGAAUAUUCAGUUGAACAAACUACAAGCAGAACUACAAGUAAAUCCUCACCAUCAUCAUAUGCUACAUCAACGUCAAGACCAGAAUCUAAAGAUGCAGCAAUUGAAUCAUCUACGACGCAAAAAUCAGUCCAAGAAACUUCACCACAAAAGAUUGAUCAACCAACUACAAGAUCAGAUGCGUUUGGAUCAAUUGAUACAACUACAAGAUCAAGUCCAACCUUAUCCACGACGAGUAGCACAACAUUUAAUUUAACAUCAGCAGAUAGAACUGAAACUACAACAAUUCCAAGUGAAAUGACAACUAAAUUAGCAGAUGGCGAUAAAAUAGACGUGAAGAAAAGUUCAUCAACAAGAUUACCGUCUACUACAAUAUCAAGUAGUUUAGGUGUUUCGGAUGUUGGAGAAGUUACAACAGCAUAUCCAGUUGAUCAAACUACAAUCAGAUCGACAAGUAAAUCUACAGAAUCAUCAUCAACAUCUUCAUCAUAUGUUACAUCAACCUCAAGACCAGAAUCUAAAGAUGCACCAAUUGCAUCAUCUACAACAACUGAAAAAUCAGUCCAAGAAACUUCACCACAAGAAAUUGAUCAACCAACUACAAGAUCAGAAGAGUAUGAAUCAAAUGAUACAACUACAAGAGCAAGUUCAACCUUAUCCACGAUGAGUAAAACAACAUUUAAUCCAACAACAGCAGAUGAUUUAAGUGAACCUACAACAAUUCUAAGUGAAAUGAUAACUAAGUUAGAGGAUGAGGAUAAGGUAGACGUAGAGCAAAGUUCAUCAACAAGAUUGCCGUCUACUACAAUAUCAAGUAAAUCUACAGAAUCACCAACAUCUUAUGUUACAUCAACCUCAAGACCAGAAUCUAAAGAUGCAGCAAUGGAAACAUCUACAACAACGGAAAAAUCAGCCCAAGAAACUUCUUCAAAAGAAAAAGAUCAAUCAACUACAAGAUCAGAAGACAAAUCAACUGAUACAACUACAAUAUCAAGUGUUUCAGAUAUUGAAUAUGUUACGACAGAAUAUUCAGUUGAACAAACUACAAUCAGAACUACGAGUAAAUCCACACCAACAUCAACACCACCAUCAUUUGUUACAUCUACCACAAUACCAGAAUCUAAAGAUGCAGCAAUGGAAAUUUCCCCAACAACGGAAAAAUCAGUCCAAGAAACUUCUCCGAAAGAAAAUGAUCAAUCAACUACAAGAUCAAUAGACGAAACAAUUGAUACAACUACAAGAUCAAGUCCAACCUUAUCCACGACGAGUAAAACAACAUUUAAUUUAACAUCAGCAGAUGAUGUAACUGAAAUUACAACCAUUUCGAGUGAAUUGACAACUAAGUUAUCGGAUGAGGAUGAGGUAGCCGUAAAGCAAGGUUCAUCAACAAGAUUGCCGUCUACUACAAUAUCAAGUAGUUCAGGUGUUUCAGAUAUUGAAGAUGUAACAACAGCAUAUCCAAUUGAUCAAACUACCAUCCAAACUACAAGUAAAUCAACACCAUCAUCACCAUCAUAUGCUACAUCUACUACAAUAACAGAAUUCAAAGAUGCAGCAAGUGAAUCAUCUACAACGGAAAAAUCAAUCCAAGAAACUUCUCCACAAGAAAUUGGUCAACCAACUACAAGAUUAGAAGAGUACGAAUCAAUUGAUGCAACUACAAGAUUACCGUCUACUACAAGAUCGAGUAGUAUAGAUGUUUCAGAUAUUCAAGAUGUUACAACAGAAUAUUCAGUUGAUCAAACUACAAUCAGACCGACAACUAAAUCUACAGAAUCAUUAUCAUCAUCUCCUUCAAAUGUUACAUCUACUUCAAUACCAGAAUCUAAAGAUGCAGCAAGUGAAUCACUUACAACGGAAAAAUCAAUCCAAGAAACUUCUCCACAAGAAAUUGAUCAACCCACUACAAGAUCAGAAGAGUACGAAUCAAUUGCAACAACUACAAGAGCAAGUCCAACCUUAUCCACGACAAGCAAAGCAACAUUCAAUUUAACAUCAGCAGAUGAUGUAAGUGAAACUACCACAAUUUCAAGUGAAAUGACAACUAUGUUAGAGGAUGACGAAAAGGUAGACGUGAGGCAAAGUUCAUCUACAAGAUUGCCGUCUACUACAACAUCAAGUGGUGCAGAUAUCGAAGAUGUUACGACAGAAUAUUCAGUUAAACAAACGCCAAUCAGAACUACGAGUAAAUCUACAGAAUCAUCAACAUCGUCAUCAUUUGUUACAUCUACCACAAUACCAGAAUCUGCAGAUGCAGCAAUGGAAACAUUUACAACGGAAAAAUCAGUCAAAGAAACUUCACCACAAGAAAUUGAUCAACCAACUACAAGAUUAGCUGAAUACGAAUCAAUUGAUACAACUACAAGAGCAAGUGCAACCUUAUCCACGACGAGUAGCACACCAUUUAAUUUAACAUCAGCAGAUAGAACUGAAACUACAACCAUUCCAAUUGAAAUGACAACUAAGUUAGUGCUUGAUGAUAAGGUAGACGUAAAGCAAAGUUCAUCAACAAGAUUGCCGUCUACUACAAUAUCAAGUAGUUCAGGUGUUCCAGAUAUUGAUGAUAUUACAACAGAAUUUUCAGUUGAUCAAACUACAAUCAGCACUACAAGUAAAUCGACAGAACCACCAUCGAUAUCAUCUUCAUCGUAUGUUACAUCUACUACAAUAACAGAAUUCAAAGAUGCAGCAAGUGAAUCAUCUACAACGGAAAAAUCAAUCCAGGAAACUUCUCCACAAGAAAUUCAACAACCAACUACUAGAUUAGCUGAAUACGAAUCAAUUGAUACAACUACAAGAUCAAGUCCAAUCUUAUCAACGACGAGCAAAGCAACAUUCAAUUUAACAUCAACAGAUGCAACUGCAAUUACAACAAUUUCAAGUGAAAUAACAACUAAGUUAGAGGAUGACGAUAAGGUAGACAUAGAGCAAAAUGCAUCUACAAGAUUGCCGUCUACUAGAGUAUCAAGUGUUUCAGAUAUUGAAGACGUUACAACAGAAUAUCCAGUAGCACAAACUACAAUCAGAACUACGAGUAAAUCUACGGAACCGCCAACAUCAUAUGCGACAUCAACCAUAAUACCAGAAUCUAAAGAUGCAGCAAUGGAAUUAUCCCCAACAACGCAACAAUCUGUCCAAGAAACUUCUCCAAAUGAAAAUGAUCAAUCAAAAACAAGAUCAGGAGACGAAUCAACUGAAACAACUACAAGAUCGAAUGUUUCAGAUAUUGAAGAUGUAACAACAGAAUUUUCAGUUGAUCAAACUACGAUCAGAACUACAAGUAAAUCAACACCAUCAUCACCAUCAUAUGUUACAUCUAACAAAAUAGCAGAAUCUAAAGAUGCAGCAAUUGAAUCAUUUACAACAACGGAAAAACCAGUCCAAGAAACCUCUCCGAUAGAAAUUGAUCAACCGACUACAAAAGCGUCAGAGUACGAAUCCAUUGAUACAACUACAAGAGCAAGUUCAACUUUAUCCACGACGAAGAGCACAACAUUCAAUUUAACAUCCGAAGAUGAUGUAAGUGAAACUACAACAAUUUCAAGUGAAAUGACAACUAAGUUAGUGGAUGACGAUAAGCAAAGUUCAUCACCAAGAUUGCCGUCUACUACAAUAUCAAGUAGUUCAGGUGUUUCAGAUAUUGAUGAUGUUACAACAGCAUAUCCAGUUGAUCAAACUACGAUCAGAGCUACGAGUAAAUCCACAGAUGUAUUAUCAUCAUCUCCAUCAUAUGAUACAUCUACUACAAUACCAGAAUCUAAAGAUGCAGACACAACAACAAGAUCAAGUCCAACCUUAUCCACGACGAGUAAAACAACAUUUAAUUUAACAUCAGCAGAUGAAACUGAUGAAAUUACAACAAUUUCGAGUGGAAUGACAACUAAUUUAACGGAUGAGGAUGAGGUCGCUGUAAAGCAAAGUUCAUCAACAAAAUUGCCGUCUACUACAACAUCAAGUGUUGCAGAUAUUGACGAUGUUACGACAGCAUAUCCAGUAGAUCAAACUACGAUCAGAGCUACGAGUAAAUCUACACCAUCAUCAUAUGUUACAUCAACCACAAGACCAGCAUCUAAAGAUGCAGAAAUUGCCUCAUCCACAACGGAAAAAUCAGCCCAAGAAACUUCGCCAACGGAAAUUGAACAACCAACUACAAGAUCAGAAGAGCCCGACCCAAUUGAUACAACUACAAGAUUACCGUCUACAAGAAAGAGUAGUUCAGGUGUUUCAGAUAUUGAAGAUGUUACAACAGAAUAUUCAGUUGAUCAAACUACAAUCAGACCUACGAGUAAAUCUACAGAUUCAUUAUCAUCAUCUCCAUCAUAUGAUACAACAACCACAAUACCAGAAUCUAAAGAUGUUGACACAACUACAAGAUCAAGUCCAACCUUAUCCACGACGAGUAAAACAACAUUUAAUUUAACAUCAGCAGAUGAUGUAACUGAAAUUACAACAAUUUCGAGUGAAAUGACAACUAAGUUGAUCGAUGAGGAUGAGGUAGCUGUAAAGCAAAGUUCAUCACCAAGAUUGCCGUCUACUACAAUAUCAAGUAGUUCAGGUGUUCCAGAUAUUGAUGAUGUUACAACAGCAUAUCCAAUUGAUCAAACUACCAUCCAAACUACAAGUAAAUCAACACCAUCGUCACCAUCAUAUGCUACAUCAACCACACCACCAGAAUCUAAAGAUGCAGCAAUUGAAUCAUCUACAACGCAAAAAUCAGUCGCAGAAACUUCACCACAAGAAAUCGGUCAACCAACUACAAGAUCAGAAGAGCACGAAUCAAUUGAUACAACUACAAGAUUACCGUCUACUACAAGAAUAAGUAGUUCAGGUGUUUCAGAUAUUGAAGAUGUUACAACAGAAUAUUCAGUUGAUCAAACUACAAUCAGACUCACAAGUAAAUCUACAGAAUCCUUAUCAUCAUCUCCAACAUAUGAUACAUCUACUUCAAUACCAGAAUCUAAAGAUGCAGCAAGUGAAUCACUUACAACGGAAAAAUCAAUCCAAGAAACUUCCCCACAAGAAAUUGAUCAACCCACUACAAGAUCAGAAGAGUACGAAUCAAUUGCAACAACUACAAGAGCAAGUCCAACCUUAUCCACGACAAGCAAAGCAACAUUCAAUUUAACAUCAACAGAAAGAACUGAAAUUACAACAAUUUCAAGUGAAAUAACAACUAAGUUAGAGGAUGACGAUAAGAUUGACGUAGAGCAAAGUUCAUCAACAAGAUUGCCGUCUACUACAGUAUCAAGUAGUCCAGGUGUUUUAGAUAUUGAGGAUGUAACAACAGCAUUCUCAAUUGAUCCAAGCACCAUCCAAACUACAAGUAAAUCCACACCAUCAUAUGCUAUAUCAACCACAAUACCAGAAUCUAAAGAUGCAGCAAUUAAAUCAUCUACAAAAUCAGUCCAAGAAAUUGAUCAACCAACUACAAGAUCAGAAGAGUACGAAUCAAUCGAUACAACUACAAGAGCAAGUGUUUCAGAUAUUGAAGAUAUUACAACAGAAUAUUCAGUUGAACAAACAUCAAUAAGAACUACAAGUAAAGUAUCAGAAUCAUCCGCACCAUCAUCAUAUGCUACAUCAACCACAAUUCCAGAAUCUAAAGAUGCAGCAAUGAAAUCAUCUACAACAACGCAAAAAUCAGUCCAAGAAACAAGAUCAGAAGACUACGAAUCAAUUGAUACAACUACAAGAUCAAGUAGUUUAGGUGUUACAGAUAUUGAAGAUGUAACAACGGAAUAUACUGUUGAUCAAACUACCAUCAGAACUACAAGUAAACUCAAAUCAUCAUCUUCAUCAUAUGCUACUUCUACCACAGUACUAGAAUCUGAAGUUGCAACAAUUGUAUCAUCUACAACGCCAAAAUCAGUCCAAGAAAUUUCCCCGAAGGAAAUUGAUCAAUCAACUACAAGAUCAGAAGACGAAUCAAUUGAUACAACUACAAGAGCAAGUAGUUCAGGUGUUUCAGAUUUUGUAGAUGUUACAACAGAAUAUCAUGUUGAUCAAACCACAAUCAGACCUACGAGUAAAUCCACAACGUUGUCACUAACAUCUUCAUCAUAUGUUACAUCAACCUCAAGCCCCGAAUCUAAAGAUGCAGCAAGUGAAUUAUCUACAACGGAAAAAUCAAUCCAAAGAACUUCUGUACGAGACUUUGAACAACCAACUACGAAAGCAAGUAGUUUAGAUGUUUCAGAUAUUGAAGAUGUUACAAUAGUUGAUCAAACUACCAUCACACCUACAAGUAAAUCUACAGAAUCAUCAUCAUCAUCUUCAUCAUUUGCUACAUCUACCACAGUACUAGAAUCAGAAGAACCAACAAUUUUGUCAUCUACAACGCAAAAAUCAGUCCAAGAAACCUCUCCAAUAGAAAUUGAACAACCAACUACAAGAUCAGGAGAGUACGAAUCAAUUGAUACAACUACAAGAACAAGUCCAACCUUAUCCACGACGAGUAGCACAACAUUUAAUCUAACAUCAGCAGAUAGAACUGAAACUACAACAAUGCCAAGUGAAAUGACAACUAAAUUAGAAGAUGACGAUAAGGUAGACGUGAAGCAAAGUUCAUCAACAAGAUUGCCGUCUACAUCAAUAUCAAGUAGCCCAGGUGUUUUAGAUAUUGAAGAUGUAACAACAGCAUUCCCAAUUGAUCAAACUACCAUCCAAACUACGAGCAAAUCUACACCAUCAUUUGCUACAUCAACCACAAUACCAGAAUCUAAAGAUGAAGCAAUUGAAUCAUCUACAACGGAAAAAUCAAUCCAAGAAACUUCUCCAAAGGAAAUUGAUCAAUCAACUACAAGAUCUGAAGAGUACGAAUCAAUUGAUACAACUACAAAAGCAAGUGUCUCAGAUAUUGAAGAUGUAACAACAGAAUAUACAGUUGAUCAAACUACAAUCAGAACUACAAGUAAAUCUACACCAUCAUCACCAUCAUAUGCUACAUCAACCACAAUAGAAUCUAAAGAUGCAGAAAUGGCCUCAUUUACAACAACGCAAAAAUCUGUUCAAGAAACUUCUCCAAAAGAAAUUGAUCAAUCAACUACAAGAUCAGAAGAGUACGAAUCUAUUACAACAACUACAAGAUCAAGUCCAUCCUCGACGAGCAAAGCAACAUUCAAUUUAACAUCAGCAGAUGAUGUAACUGAAACUACACCAACUUCGAGUGAAAUGACAACUGUGUUAGAGGAUGACGAAAAGGUAGACGUGAAGCAAAGUUCAUCAACAAGAUUGCCGUCUACUACAACUUCAAGUGUUUCAGAUAUUGAAGACGUUACAACAGAAUAUACAGUUGAACAAACUACAAUCAGAACUACGGAUAAAUCUACAGAAUCAUCAACAUCAUCAGCAUUUGUUACAUCUACUACAAUACCAGAAUCGAAAGAUAUAGCAAUGGCAUCAUCUCCAACAACGCAAAAAUCAGUCCAAGAAACUUCUACAAAAGAAAAUGAUCAAUCAACGACAAGAUCAGGAGAGGAAUCAACUGGAACAACUACAAGAUCAAGUGUUUCAGAUAUUGAAGAUGUAACAACAGCAUAUCCAAUUGAUCAAACUACCACCCAAGCUACAAGUAAAUCCACACCAUCAUCACCAUCAUAUGCUACGUCAACCACACCACCAGAAUCUAAAGAUGCAGCAAUUGAAUCAUCUACAACGCAAAAAUCCUCCCAAGAAACUUCACCACAAGAAAUUGAUCAACCUACUACAAGAUCAGAAGAGUACGCUUCAAAUGAUACAACUACAAGAUUACCGUCUACUACAAGAUCAAGUAGUAUAGAUGUUUCAGAUAUUCAAGAUGUUACAACAGAAUAUUCAGUUGAUCAAUUUACAAUCAGACCUACAGGUAAAUCUACAGAAUCAUCAGCGACAUCUUCAUCAUAUGUUACAACAACCACAAGACCAGAAGCUAAAGAUGCAGCAAUGGAAGGGUCUACAACGGAAAAAUCAGUCCAAGAAACUUCACCUCAAGAAAUUGAUCAAGCAACCACAAGAUCAGAAGAGUACGAAUCAAUUGCGACAACUACAAGGUCAAGUUCAACCUUAUCCACGACGAGUAAAGCAACAUUUAAUUUAACAUCAGCAGAUGAUGUAAGUGAAACCACAACAAUUUCAAGUGGAAUGACAACUAAGUUAGAGGAUGAGGAUAAGGUAGACGUAAGGCAAAGUUCAUCUACAAGAUUGCCGUCUACUACAACAUCAAGUGUUGCAGAUAUCGAAGAUGUUACGACAGCAUAUCCAGUUAAACAAACUACAAUCAGAACUACGAGUAAAUCUACAGAAUCAUCAACAUCUUCAUCAUAUGUUACAACAACCACAAGACCAGAAUCUAAAGAUGCAGUAAGUGAAGUAUCUACAACGGAAAAAUCAAUUCAAGAAACUUCACCACAAGAAAUUGAUCAACCAACUACAAGAUCAGGAGAGUACGAAUCAAUUGCAACUACUACAAGAUCAAUACCAACCUCUUCCACGACAAGCAAAGCAACAUUUAAUUUAACUUCACCAGAUGAAUCCCACGAAUCAACAUUCAGAGAAGGCUCUGUCGCUGUGGACACAGUCACAACUCCAAUCACGUUCUCUAGCACUGAGUUCAAUGAAACUUCUUACACAACCUUUGCGACAACAUAUUUCAGGCCCACAGCAUCAAUCCUAGCUGUAACUCCAGAGUCAAUUAAAUAUAAUGUUUCAGACGUUAAAAUACAUACAACUACUUCUUCAUCAACUCAAGAGUCUCUAGUCACUGAUAUUCCACGUGAGUCAUCAACUUUCGAAAUAGUUCAUCUUCCUCUUUCAACUCAGACGACUACAUUUUCAAGUGAAGUCAGUUCUGAUGUGCCAUUCAUAAUUUCAACGGGAAUUCGAAUGGAUAAAGCUGAAGUGACAACCAUGGCUACUUCAGCAAUGGUAACUAAUGUUACUCGAACACCAAUACCGUUUGGUGAGAGCCUUCACCGCUCCAAUGAAACAUUAACCUCUGAAUGGUUGACUACCUAUACUGCUGGGGCCAUAGAUGAUAUUGAUCAUAUUGUAAAUGCUUCAAUUACUGGUACACCUACAAUCACUUCAACUUCAGAUUCUCGCUCGUCAAGCAGCAUUUCCACUAGUACAGUGCCCACAACUCAAUUUGGUUCAACAAAACAAGAUAAAAGUUCAACCGAGCUUCCAAUUACAACAAAAUUAGUCGAUCCAAUUAACUAUUCUACAACACCAAUCGCCAAAUCACGAGAAGAAGUGGAAGGCAAAAUUGAAUUGUCAACAGUCAGUACUCACGCAACUUCACAAGAUAGAUACAAUAUUACCAAAGAUACAAGUCUGUUUGACAGCUCAGCAACAAUUUCGAUUCAAAGUACAGAAAAGUCAACUCUAUCAACGACAAUAGCUACACCAACAGUCACCGAGCCACCAGCAACUCGACAAGAUAAUUUAACCAGCCAGGCUGAUGGAAUUGAGGAUUCAUCCUGUGUAUUUAAUGGUAAAAUUUAUCAAUCAGCUGAACAAAUUCCAAGACCACAUCCAUGUGAUUUUUGCUUCUGCUUCCGAGGAGACAUUAUCUGUCUACAACAAACUUGCCCACCUCCAAUACCAAAUUGUUAUGAAACAACAAUUGAGGGAUUCUGUUGUCCACGUUAUGAGUGUCCUGUUCAUAUAUCAACUGUCAAUGUAACUUCAACAACACCUUUACCUUUCUUAAGGACAACCACUCAAGUAAAAGGUUGCGAAGUGAAUGGCUCAAUGUACCCAUUAGGACAAGUAAUCAAACCCGCAAGUGGUCCAUGUAUGGAAUGUAAAUGUGAAGUUGAUGGUGUAAUGAGAUGUAACCCACAAAAUUGUUCACCACAAUCGCCUCUUUUACUCCGCAUGAAUCGAAGUUAUUUUUCCAAAAACAAACGCUAAAUUUUAUCUUAAUAGCCACUAGACUCAAUUAAUGUUACAAAUUGCUUCUUUUUUCACCAAAUCUUGAUUAUUUAAAAGGGGAAAGAAAAAAGAAACCAAGUCAAGCCAUCGUCAUAACUAUUUUCAACCAUUUCCUUUUCUAAAUUGCUCAUCUUAAUCAUUACCAUUAUUCAUGACCAUCAUUAACUCACUCAUCACCUGGGAUCAAUUGUUCCGUCCAACUGUGAUCAUUUUGUAUUAUUUUUUGUAUUUCAUUUCAUCUCAUCAAUUUUUUUCGCCUUCAUCAAUUCACCACUCAUCGCCAAAAUACUUCAAAAGCCAUCCAAUCUAAAUUCAGAAGCAACUCAAAUCAACUUUCAUUGUUGCAUAUUGUAUUCACCUUUUAUAAAUAUAAAAAUAUAAAUAGGUUCAUAUAUAAAUA